GAGAGCGGAAGUGGCGUUGAUCUGGCCGGAGCCCUUGGGUGAAUUUGUUAGGCGUGGAGAGGGAGUGAUGUCUUCCAGACUCGGUGCAGUGCCCGCCACCCCGGGACCCACAUCCUUUAAGCAGCAGAGGAGCACGAGGAUCGUGGGAGCUAAGAAUAGCAGGACCCAGUGCUCCAUAAAGGAUAAUAGUUUCCAGUACACUAUCCCUCAUGAUGACUCCUUAAGCGGCUCAUCAUCUGCUUCUUCGUGUGAACCGGUGAGUGAUUUCCCAGCCUCCUUCCGAAAGUCUACGUACUGGAUGAAGAUGAGAAGGAUCAAGCCAGCUGCUACUUCCCAUGUUGAAGGGUCAGGUGGAGUAUCAGCCAAAGGAAAAAGGAAACCCAGGCAGGAAGAAGAUGAAGACUAUCGAGAAUUUCCUCAGAAGAAGCAUAAGCUUUAUGGGAGGAAGCAACGGCCUAAAACUCAGCCUAAUCCCAAAACCCAGGCUCGUCGUAUUCGGAAGGAACCACCAGCUUAUGCAGCAGGCAGUUUAGAGGAGCAGUGGUACUUAGAAAUUGUGGAUAAAGGCAGUGUCUCCUGUCCUACCUGCCAGGCAGUGGGGAGAAAGACCAUAGAGGGCUUAAAGAAACACAUGGAAAACUGCAAACAGGAAAUGUUCACUUGUCAUCAUUGUGGGAAACAACUUCGUUCACUGGCAGGGAUGAAGUAUCAUGUCAUGGCAAAUCAUAAUAGCUUGCCCAUCUUGAAGGCUGGAGAUGAAAUAGAUGAGCCAAGUGAGAGGGAACGUCUCCGAACAGUUCUCAAGAGACUGGGAAAGCUGAGGUGCAUGCGUGAGAGUUGCUCUAGUAGCUUCACCAGCAUCAUGGGAUAUCUGUAUCAUGUUAGAAAAUGUGGCAAAGGGGCUGCAGAGCUGGAGAAGAUGACCCUGAAAUGUCACCACUGUGGAAAGCCAUAUAGAUCGAAGGCUGGACUUGCGUAUCAUCUGAGGUCAGAGCAUGGGCCUAUAUCCUUCUUUCCAGAGUCAGGACAGCCAGAGUGCUUGAAGGACAUGAGCUUGGAGCCAAAGAGUGGGGGCCGAGUUCAGAGGCGUUCUGCCAAGAUAGCUGUAUACCACCUGCAGGAGCUGGCCUCUGCUGAACUGGCCAAGGAGUGGCCUAAGAGAAAGGUGCUUCAGGAUCUGGUACCUGAUGAUCGGAAGUUAAAAUAUACUCGUCCUGGGCUACCGACCUUCAGCCAGGAAGUACUACACAAAUGGAAGUCAGAUAUCAAGAAGUACCAUCGCAUUCAGUGUCCUAACCAGGGCUGUGAGGCUGUCUACAGUAGUGUAUCUGGCCUUAAAGCUCACCUGGGCUCUUGUACAUUGGGAACCUUUGUGGCUGGAAAAUACAAGUGUCUUCUAUGUCAAAAAGAAUUUGUGUCAGAGAGUGGUGUCAAGUAUCACAUCAACUCUGUCCAUGCUGAGGACUGGUUUGUUGUAAACCCAACAACGACCAAAAGCUUUGAGAAGCUGAUGAAGAUAAAACAGCGGCAGCAAGAAGAAGAAAAGCGGAGGCAGCAGCACAGGAGCCGAAGGUCUCUAAGAAGGCGGCAGCAGCCUGGCAUUGAGCUUCCUGAGACAGAGCUGAGUCUUAGAGUAGGGAAGGAUCAGAGGAGGAGUCAUGAGGAACUGCUCGUGGCAACGUCCUAUAAAGAACCAGAGCAGGAGCCAGUGCCAACACAGUUCCAGAAAGUCAAGCCCCCAAAGACGAAUCAUAAACGAGGAAAGAAAUAGGCAGUGAGUGUGAAAGCACUCCUGGGAGAGUGGAUGGGAUGCUGUGGUCACGGGGACCUGUGUGGAGAGGCCUGAGUCACGGGGGCCAGUGAAGAGAAAUGUACUCUUUCAGCUGUUUGUGUAAGGCUGUGGCACUCUCAGCUCCUUCCUCCUGUGUAAAUUUCAGUGUUUUCCCUAUUGAUUCAUGUGGACCCUCCACCACCACCACCCCCAUCUCCUUUUUGGUAGAUUUUCCUGCUAUUCUCAUUGGAGUCCUCUUGUUUUUCUCUUAUCUCGCCCAAAGAGCUCCUCCUUAAGGCCCACUAUAGGCCCUUCUUGCCCCGUACAAGACUAAGAAACCUGUUUGAUUAUCCUUUCCAUACUGGGGUGUAGAAUGUUCUUGGAAGCUCCAUUGAUUUCGUAGUCACUCCAUCAUCUUAUAAAACAAUUCCAAACUAACUUUUUAAAACCAUACUGAUUUAUCAUUUUGUAUUUGUGAUAUAACAAGCCUAGAACCUAGAACUGUUGUCACUCCUUUAAUAAGGUUCCUCCGUCUGCUUGGGUGACCCAAUUUAUGGAGGCUGUUUGUUGUCUCAAUAUGGUUUUAGGAUUGAAAGUGAGAAAAUAGAUUUAGAAUAAAAAAGCUAGACCCUCCAGACACAGGUUUUCCUAGGAAAUGCUUUGUUUGUCCCAGGUGGCAGUAAGUAACUAGACCCACACACAUGACAUGCAGCCUUAGGAGGAAUGUGUCCCACACAUAAAAUGACUGGAAAGAAGAAAGUAGCAGCAAAAAUAAAUACUGCCUCAA